AGCUGGAGGCUGUCACUGAUCAGACUAACACAAGAUACACUUUGCUUUAACACUUGGUUAAAAACAAAAUGGGACAAACUCAGAUGAGCGUAAAACAGUAAAGUCGCACAAAUUAUUAUGUGUGUAGUUUUCGGUUUUGGUGGACGCGCGCGCUCCCUCCCACUUUCAGCACUUCUCUUUUCAGCACGACCACGCGCGACUCCAGUGACACUGUGGAGGAGAGCAGAGUGCCAUGAAGACCGUCAGCGUGUGAGUGUUGUGCUGCGGGAAGAUGCUGCUGCUGCUGCCCGGUCUGUUGUUCAUUCUCUGGGGAGAACCGGCUCGGUGCCUGGAGGAGAACGGAGGCUUCACUUUUGAUGGAGACAUCCGCCACUUCGCCGUGGCCGCCAACACGGUUUACGUCGCUACGGAGGAGAGGCUGUACCAGCUGAGCCACGACCUGACUCUGGUCCAGAGUCUGAGUCAGAGAGGGAUCUUGACGGGGAGCGAUCGGACCAACGACGUGCACUUUUCCCGGGUUGCCGAGACGGACGAGCGGAACGCAACUUUCGGCGUCAACAUAUUGUUGCCGUUUGUUGAGAAUCACACGCUGAUCAGCUGCGGCGUGAUCGAGUGCGGCUACUGCGAAGUGCUGGACCCGAGGAACAUUUCUAAUGUGCUGUACAGGGAGCACAUCCAGGUGGGAUCCCCGUGGACAGGCAGCGCGUCCGUUGGCUUCCUGGUGGAUGUGGAGCAGAAAAGUACCGAGACCUACAUUCUGACUGCCAAUCAGCAAUACGAGCCCGCAAAGAAAAGCUGCUCCUUGGUACCAGAAGCAGUGAACCUUCACAAUACGAAACACCAUCAGAAAGGAUCUAUAUUUUCUUUGAGUGGCGCCUUCUCUACCACUUCAAUCAAACGAUGCCAAGGCAAUGCUGAGUUUGUGGAUGGAUUUCAGAUCAAUUUAAUCAUUUAUCUUUUCUCCAACCUGCCCUCAAGUGACGAGAACAACAAAGUCCGUCUCAUUUGGCUCGAGGGUAAAACAAACAAAAAGGAGACUCUGGAGUCUCUGCGGGGCGCGACCCUGCGUGUCUCUGAUGGUGAUGGGGGUGAAGGCAGCAAGCUCCUCGCCUCCGCGGUGAUCCCGGGCGGGCCGCCGGUGCUGUGGAGCGGCGUGUUCAGUGUGGACGGAGGACAAACCAACACCGAGCUGGUUCUGUUUGACAUCAGUCCGGAUCUCAGCGGAGACCCCAGUGCAGAUCCAGACUUCGGCAUUAUCUGCCCUCUUAACACAGCACCGACGCCAAAGACUCUGAAGCCGAAGGCCGUGCUCUUCAGGCAGAAGUACAUGACCUCUGUUCUGGCAGUGAGACAGAAGGCCUGGGUGGUGUUCUUCAUCGGGACAGGAGAUGGGCAGCUCAUUAAGCUCGCUGUGGACAAGAACUACCACCCCGCCUGUCCCAGGGUGCUCUACAGGGCCAACGACGACCGCCAAGUGUUUCCCAAAAUGCUUCUGGAUCAAGUGGAUCUUAAACAUGUGUACAUGCCAUUACAAAACCAGAUGAAGCGUGUACCCGUGUCUGAUUGCAGCACAUACACAAACGUGCAGGACUGUUGGUCUGCACAGGAUCCGUACUGCGUCUGGUGCGGCUCUAAAAACAGUUGCACAUUUGAAGAUGACUGUCGAGACUCGGACUGGAUAUCCAUUCCUGAUGAUUUUCAACCGAAGAUGGUUUCCUACAGAGUAUUAAAGGACGGCUCUGGACAGAUCACACUAAACAUCCAGACACACCUCACUGUGGGCCGGGAGGCUCGGUCUAACUUCGCCUGUCAAUUCUCCACCAGUGAGCCUUGUAGCACAAAAAGCCCUCCUCCACAGUUCCCACAAUGCACCUGCAUCCUUUCAAAAAGCACACUUCCUGCUGAAGGUCAGUGAGUAAUGGAUAUAAUAUCAAUCCAGUGAAUUAAAUACCUGGUGAUCAAUGACUUUCACACUGUCA